CUACGGGUCUCAAUAUUUAUUUUUGACGAUCCUUCUUCGCGGGCGCUUCCCACACGCAAGCGCACAAAAUACGCGACGCAACGCGCCGUCUUGCAAUGACAAAUGGAGGUCGUUCCCUUACAUGCCGGCCAGUCCAAGAACGGCCUAAUUAACAGCCAACCAUGAGGAUAUCCAAGCCGAUGUAGGUUCCACUCCAAUGCCCAGAACCUUCUCCGGCGAGUCCCCGAUCGAGCUUCAACUCAUGUUCAUUUCAUCUUUCCUCCUUCCCCACACACCGCCAUGUCUAGUACAGCCAACGUGUUUGUCGUGUCUCCGGAUACACGAUCAGAGCGGCGAUUUGAUCUCCAUCUCACCGUGCAGCAACUCAAGAACAAGCUUGAGUUGAUCACCGGUGUACCGGUGCAGAACCAGGCGAUCUCGGUGUUCAAUACUGAGGGCGAUACUGCACCUGCUGCGGUGCUGAACGAUGAUAGCAAGCCACUCGGGUUCUACGGCGUGAAGGAUCUGCAGAUCUUCCAAGUAUCGGACCUCAACCCGUCUACGUCGUUCACCGGCCAACUGAGUGAUGUCUCGCAAGUGGAGAAGUUCGAGCUGAGCGAGGGCGAGUACGCGCAACGCCAAGACACUGUCCUUGCGUACAAGCAACAGCACAAGAUCGGCAGAUUCGCAGAGAAGAAGGACGAGGAGGAAGAGGAAGGGGCUAUCCCGGCGGACGUCAAAGUCGGUGCACGGUGUGAAGUGGAGACGCAUGUGGACGGGCUUCACAAGCGUGGCACGGUGCGCUUUGUGGGCCCCACCAAGUUCGCGAAGGGUGCAUGGGUCGGAAUUGAGUAUGACGAGCCGAUGGGCAAGAACGACGGAUCCGUGAAGGGCGAACAGUACUUCCAGUGCAAGCCUAACUACGGAGUCUUUGUGAAGUCCGAGAGAGUGAAGAUCGGGGACUUCCCUGUCGAGGAAAUCAAUUUCGACGACGAAGAGAUGUAAAGGCGGUGAAGGCGAAUGUAACGAUUCUAACGAAGGUGUUCGUUCCUCGGCUCACAGAGCUCGCUCGACCAACGCUUGCAGUGCUUAGUCUGACCAUGUAUUUGAUAGUAAUGCAUAUACCCAUGUGCUGUCGCCAGCUUCUUCUCGAGGCGGUGAGCUCUGCACGCUGCGGUACCCACAAUACAAGUACUAUAUAUCAUCAUGCUUCGCGUUUAGACAUGGCGCCACUACAGAUCAGUCAAGACUUUUGUAGCAGCUUAAUCACAAUCUCGCUCGCGGUAUACUCUGUUCGGCCGGAUAAUGUACGAAGGGGC